GCUCAGAGGAUACUUGCGGAUAAGCUGAAUGGGAAUAUGACAUUGAUAGUCCUUGAUGAUGUAUGGAAUGAAUUGAGCAGCCAAUGGGAGAACCUAUGCAAGCCCAUGGCUUAGAACAUGAAGACUACUGGGGAUAUUUUUCACAAUAUGCCUUUGGUGAUGCAAAUCCAUCUGAUUUUCCACAACUGGAAAAUAUUGGUCGACAAGUAGUGAAGAAGUUGGCAGGAUCACCUUUAGCAGCAAAGACAGUUGGGGGUGCAUUGAAACUGAAGCUAGAAGAAAAUCAUUGGAGGGCUGUCUGUGGAAGCAAAUUGUGGCAGAUAGAGCAAAAGGAAGAUGAUAUUAUAUCAGCACUGCGACUGAGUUAUGAGCAUCUUCCUGACUAUUUGAAGCAAUGCUUUGUUUACUUUGCAUUGUUUCCUAAGAAAUACCACCUUCGAGGAGAUGUGCUCAUACAGAUGUGGAGAGCUCAUGGUUUCCUUAACACGCAAACACCAGAUGAAAUUGCAUACCGUUAUAUCAAUGAUCUCUUGCAGCUUUCAUUCAUCGAGAAGGUAGCCAACCAAGAUGACUGCUAUGUAGUUCACGACUUGCUACAUGAUUUUGCAGAGUCAGUCUCUAAUGGAGAACAUUUCCGAAUAGAAGAUGACUUCCAUGUAUGUAUUCCAAGAAAUGUACGCCACCUAUAUGUCAGUGCAAGCAACAUAUCUAAGGUGUACAUGGGCUUGGUAGAAUUUAAAGAACUGAAGAAAAAUCUGAGAAGCUUAAUAAUAUGCAAGGCAGAAGAAGGUGCUUCCUAUGAAGGGAUUGCUACGUCGAACUUCAACCAUGUUCUUGAACAUACACUCCAAGAGCUAAGAGGCUUACGGGUUUUAGUGCUACGCAAUCCUGAUGGCAUUCUCCCAGACAAUAUGGAUCAUUUGGAACACCUUAGGUAUCUAAAUAUCCAUGAAAGCAGAAGCUUUAUCAAUGUCCCCAAGUCAUUAUUCAAUCUCCAUCAUUUACAUGGACUGGAUCUGCAAAUUCAUCAAGGCAGGAUAAUGAAAAAGAAACUUCAAGAGGGCUUAAGUAUGUUGACCCAGUUAAGAUACUUAAAGGCUCCAAAGGAAAUAAUUUCAGGUAUAGAAUUGAUUGGCAGGCUAACAUCCCUCGAGGAAUUAGAGGAGUACAAAGUGAAGAGUGAUAUGAAGCAUGGCAUAUGCCAACUAAAAGAGUUGAAUGAACUUAAAGGGAUGCUGACCAUUAAAAAUCUUCAGAAUGUAAGUUCCAGGGAAGAAUCAUCUGAGGCAAGAUUAAUUAAGAAGGAGAACCUGAACAAGCUAACACUCUGGUGGAAUCAUGUGAAACAGAGCAGCACCAACACUGACCACGAAGGCGUGUUUGAAGGAUUACGACCAAAUCCCAACUUGAGAGGUCUUUGUGUCCGUGGUUACAUGGGAAUCAAGUCUCCUUCUUGGCUAUCCUGUGAAUACUUGUCCAACAUUCACUCCAUUGAAUUGCUCUUUUGCAAUCAGUGGAAGACCCUUCCACCUUUUGGGAGCCUACCCUUCCUGAGGAUAUUAAAGAUAAGCCAUUUGACAACACUGGAAAUGAUUGAUGCUGGGUUCUAUGGUGAUGCUGAAGUGGUAUUUCCAUCACUAGAAGAACUUCUGUUUGAAGGAAUGAAUCAGUGGAAAGGAUGGUCAAGUAUUGGGCACAGCCAACAGGUAUUUCCUCGUCUGCGUAACAUCUGCAUUAAGAAAUGUAACCAGUUGAUGGGGCCUUUACCGUUACCGGCAUUCAACCAGAUAAAAAUUUCAGUAUCCGACAAGAUAAACAGUUGUGAAUCUGAAAAUACAGCUGAUGUCAACACGUCCUCCAGUGUUCAGCUCUCCCUUGACCGCUUGGGACUUCUCUUCGGGUCUCUUAAAACCAGCAGCCUGGCCACAGUUCAUAUGCUGGACAUCUCAUCCAACUACCUGGAAGCUUUUAACAAGGAUCAGGAGGAAUGGCUGCAACAACUCACUUCAGUGAAGGAACUUCACUUCACUGACUGCCCAGAAUUGACAUCACUGCCAUACAGCAUGAUUCAUCUUACAUCCCUUGAGUCUCUGUACAUAGAGAAAUGUCCAAACCUCGAGUCACUUACACAGAUAGCCUUACCUCUUUCCCUGAAGAAACUCAGUGUAAUAAGAUGUAGCAAAACGUUUAGUCAGCUCUGCUCCGGGAUCAACACAAGUAACAAGAACACAAUACAUCAGCUCAUUGUGAGGGAAGCCAUUGGCAAUCCAACAAAAAGAAGAAGGACAUCAUAAACACAUUUUCUCUCUCUCUUGUGUAAAUCAAUCUUGUACAAUCCAUCUAGAAGAUGCAAGGAAAUAAGAAAUAAUUUAGAAUACC